AAAAAAUAAGCCAUUAUUCUCGGGGGACGGUGCUACUGUACUACCUGCUCCAAAUUCCAGAAUACAAACCUAGACAUGUUAAAGCUACUGUCUUUUGUUUCAUCACAUAACUUCACUCCAUUGUCAAAUUUCAUUGGAGGCAUUCAAUUUCAGUCCGCCUUCACACCCACUAAUCAUUUCUUCCACUUAGCGCGAGUCUUUUCUUCAAUCAGUCAUUCCCAGUCCAAGAUGGAGGCUGAUUCUUACAUGUUUGGGCCAUACAAGAUUGACAAAAAAGAAGUCUUCUACUCCACUGAUUUGUCCUAUGCCUUGGUCAACCUCCGUCCCCUUCUUCCUGGUCAUGUGCUUGUCUGCCCAAGACGCGAAGUAAAGCGCUUUGGUGAUCUUUCUGCUGAUGAAACUAGCGACUUGUGGCUUACAGCACAAAAAGUGGGCAAGCAACUUGAGUCCUACCACAAGGCAUCCUCUCUUACAUUUGCAAUCCAAGAUGGACCCCAGGCGGGGCAGACAGUUCCUCAUGUUCAUAUUCACAUCAUCCCGCGUAAAAGUGGUGACUUUGAAAAGAAUGAUGAAAUUUAUGAUGCUCUGGACGUGAAGGAGAAGGAGAUGAAGCAAUCGCUCGAUUUGGACAAAGAAAGGAAAGACAGAAGCAUUGAGGAGAUGGCUGAAGAGGCAGAUGAAUACAGAAAACUUUUCUAGUGAAGAGGCAUAAUAUAUCAUCUCAUUAUUGUCUUUAGAAUCCAGCUGUUGCCUAUUGAUCACUAACUAUUCCGUGGAUGUAACAUUCGGAUAUUAUAAACUAGUAUUAUAUGAUUACAUUCUGGUGUUAGCAGUAAGAUAUUCCCAUCUGAGAAGGGAAUUUUACUGAUAUAAUUGAAGCUGUUGUUGUUUUUUCCUGUACUCAAAUUUGUUUGCUAUACCACUGAUAUAUCAAUGAUAGCCACUGCAGAAUUGGGGUUUA